AAGUCCACGUAUCAAUAGUGUUGAGAAAGAGAUGGAGAUGUUUGGUAAGAGUCGAAUUGUUGGAAAACAAGAUGGCGGGCUCACGGGGAGGCACUGUCAAGGGAUGAAAACUGACUUUUCCUAGAAGCAGAUUUUAAAAGCAGUGUUUUUCAAAACAUCUUUGUUUCAUAAGUAUCUUGAUACACCAUGGCUGGAGCAGCAGUAAAAUGGGUGAUAUCAAAGAGAAGUAUCUUGAAACGUUUAUUUCCAAUCCAGAAUGGAGCUUUAUAUUGUGUUUGUCAUAAAUCUACAUAUUCUUCUCUACCAGAUGACUAUAAUUGCAAAGUGGAGCUUGCUUUGACAUCUGAUGGCAGGUCAACAGUAUGCUACCACCCUUCUGUGGACAUUCCAUAUGAACACACAAAACCUAUUCCUCUACCAGACCCUGUGUGUAAUAACGGAGAAACACAUGAUCAAGUGCUGAAAACCAGAUUAGCAGAAAAAAGUGAACGCCUUGAACAAGGACCCGUGAUAGAACAACUUACCAAAAUGUUCUUUACUACUAAGCACCGUUGGUAUCCUCGUGGACAGUAUCACACUCGUUGUAAGAAACCGAAUCCUCCAAAGGACAGAGGAUACUGAGGUUUUCCGGGGAAUCAGAGAGAAGUGUGCCUCAGACGGCAUUUGAGAAAAUGCAAUGUGGUAUAUUUAUGAAUAUGUCAUAUAGUAAAAUAGUAAUAAU